UAUCCCAUCGUAAAUAUCCCUUACUGCACCGCCACACGCUCGGCGAAGCAACGUCACACGCCAGCCACACCUGCUUCCCCGCGUCGAACCGCAGCCGCUCACUGAGCACCUCUCCCCUACGCCAUCAACACCUCCCGUACUCCGUACGUACAAUUCCAGUCGGCCUCACUGAGCCCGCCAUUUCCACAACCCCAUCUUAGACUCGCAGCCGUGUGUGUGUCUCUGGGAUGUGAUGUACCCUGCGUCUCGUCAUCACCCCCGCCACAAGCAACCACUGUACCUCUCCCACCACAGUCCCUCUGCCUAAGCUUCCACUCCCUCAAGUGGCCGGUCCCACACACCCGACCACCACUCCCCAACUUCAUCAUGGACGACCUGGGCCGCGUGGGCCGGAACCUCGUGCGCACCUUCUACGAUCCUCUCCCAUCAUGCACCUCCGACGAUCCUAUCUGGUGUCUCGGACGCCGCUACGAUCCUCUCCGCCGCAGUGCUCGCCGUAAGUCGUCGUCUGCCACCCCAACCGCAACCACUCCCUCUACCACGUCCGCCUUGGAUACAAGCAACGACAUUGCCUCGCCUCCCGCCCGCUCCAACCCCACCACCGAAGACGACAGCUGGAUCCGCACCAGCACCGACGAAGGUGACCGCAAAGAAUCCCCCAACGGCGCAGACCCUAGGCAAUACGGCGACUGGCCGUGUGCGUUCCUGGACGAUUUCGAGUCGCGGAUAUGGAUGACGUAUCGCUCCGGCUUCCCGCCCAUCAAGAAGAGCUUGGAUCCCCGGGCGGCGGCUGCGAUGAGUUUCCGGGUAAGGAUGCAGACGUUGGCCCAAAAUGCGUUUACAACGGAUACGGGCUUCGGGUGCAUGAUCAGGAGUGCGCAGUGUAUACUUGCGAAUGCCUUGUUGGAGCUUAGAUUAGGACGCGACUGGAGAAUUACCGACUCCACCCCCUCGACCGACGACCGAGCCAUCAUAUCCCUCUUUGCCGAUGACCCGCGCGCCCCCUUCUCCAUCCACCGCUUCGUUGCCCACGGCGCUGCCGUCUGCGGGAAGUAUCCGGGGGAGUGGUUCGGCCCCUCCGCAGCAGCGCGCUGCAUCCAGGAUCUCGUCCACGAGUACAAGGACGCCGGACUGCGUGUCUACAUCUCCGGAGACAACACAGAUGUGUACGACGAUGAUGUCAAGAAAGUGGCACUGGAUGCGGAGGGCAAGUUCCAACCGACGCUCAUCCUCGUGGGGACGAGGUUGGGCAUCGACAAAAUCACGCAGGUGUACUGGGAGGCGCUGAAAGCGUCGCUGCAACUGCGGCAAUCAGUCGGUAUAGCCGGCGGCCGCCCCUCGGCCUCGCACUACUUCAUCGGCACACAAGGCACCCUCUUCUUCUACCUCGACCCCCACACCACCCGCCCCGCCCUCCCCUACCACGCCACUCCCUUGUGCUACUCGCAAGAAGACGUGCUCUCAUGCCACACGCGGCGUCUCCGCGCCUUGGACAUCCGCGACAUGGAUCCGUCGAUGCUGAUCGCUUUCCUCGUCAAGGACGAAGCCGACUAUGAGGAUUGGAAGGAGAAGGUCGUUGCGGUGCAGGGGAAGAGUAUCGUGAGGGUCAUGGGUGGGGGAGCAGCGGGAGAGGGCAGGGGGAAGGAGAGGGCGGAGGCGGUGGACGAGGUGGAGAGCUGGGAUGAGAGGAGUGAAGGGGAGGAUGAGGAAGGGGAAGUGGUGGUGGAGAAGGAGGAGGAGAGGGCGGGACUGUAG